AUGCUGCGGCGUCUGACCAAUCGACAGGACAGCAUGAACUCCACCUCGUCGGGCAACAGCAACGCCAGCGAGCGCAGCAGCUCCAGUGGCAGCAGCAGCGCCGGCGAAGAGUUGCACAGCCAUCUAGGCAGCAACUCUAUGAACAACAACAACAACAACAACAACGGCAACAACGAUUUGUUGUUGCCUUCCACAUCACCCGCUUUGCCGCUGUUUUGUUUGGGCAACUCAUUUCCGCACAUCGACAGCGACGAGGAGGCCACAGAUGCCGGCGAGAAGCGUCAAUCUCUGGCGUUGCAGACGGAGAGAGAGACAGCGUUGGAGAGGGAGACAGAGACGGAACUGUUGCCGCCCAACUCGAUCAGUGAAUUGCCCGAGAAACUGUUGAACAGCGGCGUCUAUUUGCCAGGCACACGCACCCUCCAAGGCGACCCACUUGUGCAUGUGGAUGGCGAUGCUGUGGCAAGCGCGGGCCUCAAUUGCUAUGAGCUGGCCACUCUGUUGCUCUACUACAGCACCAUACCGGAGCGCAGCAUUGCAGCCCAUAAAAGUACACAACAACAACAGCAGCAACCACAACAACAACAACAACUGAAACCCGCCCAGCAAACAUUUACCAUUUUAAUUGCCAUCGAGAAGUCGCAACAUUUAUGCGUAAUCGACUUAAUUUGCCAAAGUCUCAAACUGUUAAGCAAGCAAAUUGGCAAUUGUGAAAUUUUGGCCGUUUGUCUCGAUGCGAAUUUGCUGCAAUUGUGCAACCAGCAGCAGCAGCAACCACAGCAACAGAACAGCAGCAGCAAUAGCUGUGAUCAGCCGGAGGCAUCGCCAUCAUCGUCAUCGUCGCAUUUGGUUAAAUUCAUUAGCGUGGACCAAGUCACGACAAGUGUUGCGCCAUCGCAGUUGCCGCGCGGUUUGCUCCGGGGCCAGCAUCAUCACGACGCUGUGAAGUGGCGCGAGUUCUUCGCCCAGCUUGAGGCGUUCCAGCGUCAAUGCUCCGCGGCCGGCGGUCGACUUGUUGCCGCCUUGAGUGACAUACGCGCUGCCGAUUUGCUGGGGCUGCCAACGCGACGACAGCUCUACGGUCAGCAUCGUGCCCUCAGUCGUGCCCUUAUGGACUCGCAGCUGCACAAUUUGCGCAAGCGUGGCGCCACACAGCUGCAGCGCCUCCAGGAGGCAGCCAGUGCCAUCAAUGCGCCACCAGCAACAGCUUCAGUUGCUGCCUCUGCCUCUACCCCAAGCAGUUGCAACUCGGAUGCUGGCCAUAAACUGCGGAAGGUGACGCUGCUCUACAGCGAAGUGGAUCGUGCCGCACAGCGCCUCGAGCAGUUGACGGAGCAGCGACGCGAGCGUCUGCGGCAACUUACUCGCCAGCGUGCCCUCGAGGAUGAGAUCAAUGAGGUCACCUCUUGGCUGGCCAGUGACGGUGCAGAUAAUUUGCAAAAGUUUGCACAGCUGCAGCUGGACAACGAGGCAACGCUCAAGGCGCAGGAACUGGAGUUUGAAAAGUACUAUUUCAUAGCCAGGAAACACUUGGCCAAGGGACGUGAUCUGCAUUUGGCGGCCAACAAGAUUGCCGUGCUCAGCGAGAGCGCUCGCAAUCUGAAGACGGCGCUAGAUCAGUUCUCCGACAAGCUGGAGAAGACACGCGAACGCAUCGAAGGCGGCGCUCGAUUGCUGCAUCUGCUCACACAGCAUCAACGCGAAACUGCGGCACUCGACGAGCUGCAACGUCUGGCCGAAGAGCUGGGCGCCACGACCCUCAUCGAGAAGCAUCUGCCGACCAUGCGCAAAACCAGCUCGCUGCCCACAGCGAGCAGUACGCCGGGACCGGCGACAUCGAAGCGUGGCAGCUAUCGCUGCAGCUCCGGCAAUGGCAGCUCCUUCGAUGGGGCAACCGGCGCUGGGAGCAGUAGUCACUGCAGCUGUUGGCGCGAGAGUCGCAAUCUGGAGGAUAUGGAUGAACCCGAGGAGGAGCAUGACAACGAUUGCGAUGCCGAUGCUGAUGGCGAGGAGCAGCAGUCAAAGAUUGCCGACUCUGGGGUUGGUGUCUGCGACAAUUGCGAACGCAAUCCGAAGCUGGCGCGCAUCUGCUCCUGUCAGAGUCUCAACGAGAAGAGUCACGAUGAGCUGCUCGAGGACGAGUGCUUUGACCGUCCGACGAAGCGCUACAUGGACAUGCAUUCGCCCAUGGAGGCGAAUGCCCAUCUUCAGUGCCAUGCCUCCAGUUUCGAGCUAACCACACUGGAGGAGCUCAGCUGUUUGGAACCAAAAAUACAAAAAACGCUUCUAUUGAUCAUGCGCGAAAUGAUUGGUACCGAACGCGACUAUGUGCGCUCCCUCUACUAUGUCAUCGAGAACUAUAUCGACGAGCUGCUGCGCGAGGACAUCCCACAGCCGCUGCGUGGUCAGCGUAAUGUGAUCUUCGGCAACAUUGAGAAGAUCUUUGAGUUUCACAACUCGCACUUUCUGGGCGAACUGGAACGCUAUGAGCGUAAUCCUCUGAAAGUGGGAGCUGCUUUCCUGGAAAUGGAAUCCAAGUUCUAUCUGUAUGCGCUUUACAACAAGAACAAGCCGAAGAGCGAUACACUGCUCAGUGAAUACGGCAGCUCGUUCUUCAAGCCAAAGCAGCUGCAGCUGCAGGACAAAAUGGACUUGGCGUCGUAUCUGCUGAAGCCAGUGCAACGCAUGGGCAAAUAUGCGUUGUUGUUGCAACAGCUGGUCAAAGCAGUGAAGAGUGUGGAAGGUGCAGCGUUGCAGGAGAUUGCCGCCGAUGUGGAGGAACUGCAACGGGCCGAGGAGAUGGUCAAGUUUCAGCUGCGCCACGGCAACGAUUUGCUGGCGAUGGAUUCGCUGCGCGAUUGCGAUGUGAAUGUGAAGGAGCAAGGGCGAUUGCUGCGGCAGAACGAGUUUCUGGUGUGGCAAGGACGCGGUGGCAAGAAGACGCUGCGUCAGGUGUUUCUCUUCGAGGAGCUGGUGCUGUUCGGCAAGGCGCGACGUUUUCCCGAUCACAAGAAUUUGGACAUUUACAUCUAUAAGAACAGCAUCAAGACUUCGGACAUUGGACUCACAGCGCACACGGGCGAUUCGACGACCAAGUUUGAGAUUUGGUUCCGCAAACGCAAGCCGGACGACACUUGGACGCUGCAGUGCAUGUCAGAGGACAUUAAGAAUGCCUGGACUGAGGAGAUAUCGAAACUGCUCUGGAAACAGGCGAAGCGAAAUCGAGAAAUUCGCCUGGCAGAGAUGUCCUCGAUGGGCAUUGGCAGCAAACCCUGCCUGGACAUACGUCCCAGCCACAAUCAGAUCAGCGAUCGCUCAAUACCACUCGCUCAGCUAAACAAAACACCCAAGUUGCGUCAUGCUGAGCCCGGCAAGGGAAGCAUGCGACGUCCCAAUUCGCUCAUCUCGGAGAGUUCGCUGUCCAGCGGCACCAGCACCACGAGCAGCUCCUCCAUUAGCGGCGGUUGCUCCUCCUCUGUCCACGACACCGUCACCCGCCACAGCCUCAAUCUCAACUUUGGCAAACUGAGCAGCAGCAGUAAUGCUGUUGGAAGUAGCAACCUCAACAACACCUCUGCCACCUUGGAACUAAUCAACGAGACGCAAGCGUUGAAGCUGAGCCACAGCAAUGAGGCAGAGAACCGCAUGAGUGCCAGCACCAGCACUCCCUCGUAUGCUGGCAGCAGCCACAACAGCAACAGCAACACCAACAGCAAGAGCAACAAGCGUCAACACAAACGAUCCACGACGAUUGUCAGCCAGCUGUCCAUGGAAAGCGGCAUACUCUCCGAUAUAUCUGUAACGCCGGAUCAGGAACAUACACACUCGGCCAUGGAGCAGCUGACGGGCAGCCGCGGGAGCUGGUCAACGGCAUCGGGAACAGCCGCAUCGAUGGCCAGCACCAGCAACUCGACGGUCAUAUUGCGUCGCUACAAAUCCUAUGCGCAUGCUGCCGAAUCCGCCGAACCAGAGAUCAAUAAAUAAAACAAUUCUCUAGCGUAUCAUAAUUCGAAGAAAACAAACAAAACAAUGUAUAGCUUUAGCAAAAAAGGAAAAAAACAAACAACAAAAAAAGAAA